CUUGACGCCUAGGUCAUUGGAGGCAGUGACAGUACAUAAGGUACCUUCAAUUGCCUGCGAAUGCCUCCCACCACUACCUCAUCACAAUCCCGACAUUGAGGCCAGCCAUGGCGUCUCUCACACUGCUUCUUCUGUCGUAUCUACCGCAUAUCUUUGCUUCUAUCACGAUCUGGGACCCCAGCGAUUCCGCUGAUGUGACGGCCGAUGCUGUAGACAACACACUAGUAGCCGAUUACACCACCGACAACGGCGGCGCGCAGUACCUGAUCUACAACAUCACCGGACCAUAUUACUACUCCAAAGAGGAUGCUGAGCUGGCGCAUGUGACUAUAACGGUCGACGCCAAUGAUACCAGCGUUCUCGUCGGCACGGACGGUGCAGUCGUGAACCUCUCCUACAGCGAUGUGAUCAAGUAUGGCUACAGCACAUGGCUGAACCAGGCCAGUUUCUUCGGCGUCAACGCGGCAAUCAACAUCGCCAACCAGUCGACCGCGUACAUCGACCACGCCAAUGUGACUGUCCAUAAUGGUGCUGCCAACAUCUAUGCUUACGGCACUGGCACCACCGUUUAUGUCAACGACACCGACCUCUACAGCUCCGGGCCGGUGUCGCAUGGCUUAUACGCCGGUGGAAACGGCACCUUAGUGGCCCAUAACGUCCGCCACUUCUCGGGCGGCGAGCGCAGCUCUGCAUUCUCCGGAGACAGUCCAGCCGGAUACCUGUACAUCACCGACGCCAUCGCCCACACAGCUGGCAUCGGAAGCGCCAUCUUCUACACGCUGGGGGAGACCUAUGGCACCAACGUGAUCGGACACGCCGAGAACGCUCCGAGCCUGUUCUCCGAUGGAGUGCAGAAAUCGGUCUUCGCUAAUGUCGACCUCACAGCGGGCUUGCUGGCCGGUACCAUCCUCUUCUCCUCUUCGUCGCGCAGCAGUGGCGCUUCGCUCAGCUUCACAAAUUCCAGGUUGACCACUCUUGGGGCCGACAUGCCCGCGUUGUGGUUCGGCAAUAUCAUCGCCGAGGCCGAACUGGUUGCCACCACCCUGAACACCACUUCCGGUGUUCUGGUUCUGGCCAACACCUCGCAGGUGACUCAGGCGUUCGACCAUUUUGCCGGGUACGAAGAGAAUUCCAACAUCCAGCCGGCUGAGGUGGCCGUGACCGUGUCGGAGUCGACUCUGACAGGUGACAUCGUCGCGUACAAUAACAGUCUCGUUGCUUGGAGCCUGACCGAAUACUCCAGCUGGACCGGGGCCACUGUGUCUGGUCGCGGCAAGGGGUACUUGGGCGUCUCGCUCGAUGCCACUUCGAACUGGACUCUAACUCAGAGUGUCUAUCUGCAGAAUUUCACCGACGCAGAUCCCUCUUUCAAUAAUGUCAUCAGCCAGGGGUAUAAUAUCUACUACAAUAAGUCGUCCUCGGCCAACUCGUGGCUCGGGUCGGCUAAUGCUUCUUUGCCUGGUGGCGGAGAGUUGAUCGCGUACUAG